CUAGUUCAACAAUUGUAAUACGGGCACUUAGAGAAAGUUUAAACAUUUAUUUAUUUUUAAAUUGUCAAGUCUAAUUAUUUAUGUGGCACAUCAAAUAAAUUAAGUUAUAAAUUUCAUUGAAUCAAUUUAAAACUAUGGUUGACAUGCAUCAAUGUUAUAGUCAGGCACUUAAAAUUGUUUUGGAGGCAGGUGAAUUGUUGUUAAAUGGUUUUAAAAGCCCAAAAGAAAUAUCAACUAAAAAAAAUGAUAAGGACUUUGUAACACAGUACGACAAACUUAUUGAAAAGACAAUAAUUGACAACAUAUUACAACUAUAUCCAAAUCAUAAAUUUAUUGCAGAAGAAAGUGCUGCAGGUAAUAUUUUGACGGAAGAGCCUACAUGGAUACUUGAUCCGAUUGAUGGAACAACUAAUUUUAUACAAGGAUUUCCAUUUUGUUGUAUUUCAUUAGCAUUGGUAGUAGAAAAUGAAAUAAUAAUUGGAAUAGUUUAUAAUCCAAUAAUAAAUCAAUUAUUUACUGCUCAAAAAGGGCAAGGUGCAUAUUUGAAUAAUGAAAAAAUACAAGUGUCAAGUACUGAAGAUCUUCAAAAUGCCAUGUUUGGACAUGAUAUAAAUCAUAAAAUUAGUAUAAGGAAUUUUCGUGGAUCAAGAUCAUUAGGAUCAGCAGCAAUCAGUUUAUGCUAUUUGGCAAUGGGAGCAGUAGAUAUAAUAUAUAGUUUUGGAAGAUUGAAAUGUUGGGAUGUAGCAGCAGGAAUUCUGAUUAUCCAAGAAGCUAAAGGCAUUGUACUCGAUUCAAAAGGAAGUCAAUACAAAGACAUUAUGAAUGCUGAUAUACUCGCUGCUUGUACAAAAAAACUAGCCGAAAACUUUUUGAAAUUAAAAAAUUUCAAUAUUUAACUUGCAAUUUUAAUGAUUUAGUGCCGUUCUUACAAUGUCCGGUUAAGUGUCGGGUCGAUCAACUUUAAAGUAAUAAAAUAUAUAAAUAUAAAA